AUGUCCUCCGUCCUUCGCACCGCUACCCGCGUCGCCCGCCCCGCCACCUUCGGCGCGCGCGCAUUCCACUCGCCCUUCGUCGUGCUCGCGGACAAGGCACCCGCCGCGCGCUCGGUUGCGGCCAGCGCGUCGGACUACGAGCUCGAGUAUGCCUCGCGCACCGUCUACGUCGUGAGCGAGCCAGAGCUCCCCGCCACUGCUCGCGCGACCUCCGUGCCCAUGGGCGCAUACCACGUUUCAACGCCAUACUCUAAGGAAACGCCUGCUACUAACAAGGCUUAA